AUGCCCUCGAUCACCAGAGCUGUAUAUUCACUGCCAGAGCUCCCGCGACAACGAUCCAGACCGUUACGAUUGUUAUGUCUUGGAUUGCCACGAAGCGGAACAGAAUCCCUCCGAAAUGUGCUCCAGGCUCUUGGAUACGAUGGGGUCGCCCAUGGCAUUGACUGGUGGCUCAACCAUCCGAAUACCAGCAUGCUUUACUGUGAGCUCAUGCAAUUGAAGCUUCAAGACCGGGUACCCGAGCCUGAAGUCCUAAGAACGCGCUAUUUCGAUCGUAUUCUCGCUGAUGAAGAAGCCACAACCGAUAUUCCCGCUGCCUGGUUUGCCGAAGAGCUCUUGCAAGCAUAUCCGGAUGCGAUGGUUGUCCUCAAUCGGCGUCGCGAUGUGCAAGAUUGGAAGAAUAGCUUCCGCGCAUCAGUCCUACCGAUGAUGCAAAGCUGGAAGUACUGGCUUGCAAGCUGGUUUAAUGCAGAAUUAUUCUGGGGCGUGUGGUUGACCGACAUGGGACAUCGGAAAUUCCUUUUCCAAGGGGAUUUCGAGAAAAAUGGCGAAGCUGCCUAUCUAGGCCACUAUUCGAAUCUCGAGAAGAUCCUUCAGGCGGAAAAACGGCCUUAUCUUGAUUGGUCUGUUGAUGAUGGCUGGUAUGGUCCGCCCCCUUCCUUGGCACCGCUGUGUAGUUUUUUGAGCCUCCCGGAGCCAGAUGCACCGUUUCCGAAGGGAAAUAUAGCCGCGGAGUUCGGCCCAAAACUGAUGACUGUGGAUGCCGCUCGGUUCAACAAAGCAAUCAAAAAUUGUCUCAUACUGUUGUCCUGUCUGAUAACACCUGUGGCUGUAUGGUGGAAUAUGUAA